AUGUUUUCAACCAAUACUUUUAGCUUUAAAGACAGGUAUGAUAAUGAUGACUUAAAUAUAAAUCCAGAAAAUUCAGUUGAUGACUUUUUUGAUAAUAUUGCUGAUUAUGAGGAAGAUUUUAAUUUUAUACAAAACAAUGAAAAUGCUUUUCAUUUAGCAAUGAAAAGAGCAUUAGAUAAUAAUAGUGAUAGUUCAGUAAAUAAUGAUUUUGAAGAUGAAGCAAAUGAUUAUGAUACUAAUAAAUCAGAAACUACAGCUAAUACUAGUAUUAAUGUUGAGCUGAAUAUUGAACAAAUCAAUCAUAAAGACUUAUUAAAUUGUGCAAUUGUGGAUGUAAUUGAUGGAAAAUUACAAAAAUGUAAUUCAAAUAUUAAAUUACGAGGAUUGUGGCAGUUAAUAGGUACUUGGCAAUUGGAUAAUGAUGCAGUUCUUCAAGCUGGAAAAAAUUUGGAUAAACUUGGUGUUUGUUAUACACAUUUUUUAUUUGAUCAAAAUAAACUUCAUAAAGAAGGUGCAAAAGAAGAUAAAGACGUAAAUCAAAUCGUGGAAAGUUUUGCAAAGAACAUUCAUGGAAAGUAUUAG